CAACUUUAUUUCCAACGUAAAAAAUGUAUAUUGAUUGGUCCACUGUAACUUUAUUACAAUCAAUCAAAAUUUAUAUUUAUAAAAUUAUAUAAAAACCAUUUGAUAUCUACAGUAUUAAUAAAAACGUGUGGUGUUUCUUUUUCUUGGUGUGUCUCCUACUUGAUGAUUUUAUUUCUCGACAUGAAAUUAUAAAUACGCACCGUGAGUGCCAUCAUGUCUGUACCCGUCAUAUAUCAGUACAGAAUAAAACUAUCAGUGUCUGAAUACUCGGAAUUAUUACAAUUACGCUGCUAAUACGUGGAUCCUGUGUGCAGAUACAAGGUCGCAGACAUUGAGCUUUCCGCGGAUUUUUGACUGCAGACUGUGCUAAUUGACCAGACAAAUCAUCAGCUUGAGUUAGUUUGCAAAGAAUAAGAUAAAGAAAGAGGGAGAGACAGAGAGAACCAUGGAGAAGAGUAAUGAGACGAAUGCUGGUGAUGAUAUUGAUGACAAUAAAGAAGCUGAUGCAUCGACAAGUCCUGAUGUAGAAGAUAACGAUUCUGAGGAACACUAUGGCUGUGAUCAUUACAAAAGGAAAUCAAAAUUUGUGACACCCUGCUGUAACAAAGUAUACACAUGUCGGUUUUGUCAUGAUGAACAAGAAGGACAUACAGUUAAUCGUAAAGAAGUUACUGAAUUAAUAUGCGUGCUGUGUGACACUCGUCAACCCGUACAAGCCACGUGUCAGAAUUGUCACUGUCGAUUUGGCAAGUACACGUGUUUAGAAUGUAAUUUAUUUGAUGAUGAAGACAAAAAUCAAUACCAUUGUGAUGGAUGUGGAAUUUGCAGAGUUGGUGGAAGAGAUCGAUUUUUUCAUUGCGAAAAAUGUAAUAUGUGUUUGCCAGUACAGUUACAGAAUGGACAUAAGUGCGUAGAAAAUGUUUCACAUGCAAAUUGUCCUGUAUGCUUAGAAGACAUUCACACGAGCCGCAUACCCUGUCACAUUCCUGAUUGCGGGCAUUUACUUCAUCGUACCUGCUUCGAGGAGCUUUUACACUCCGGGCACUAUGCCUGUCCUACUUGUCAAGUUUCUCUUCUUGAUAUGACAGAUCUCUGGAGAUUUCUAGACGUUGAGGUAUCACUUACUCCAAUGCCGCCGGAGUAUAAAGAUUACAAAGCAGAAAUUUUAUGUAAAGACUGUCAUGAGGAAUCAACUGUUAAAUUUCAUGUUGUUGGACUAAAAUGUUUAAACUGUGGCAGUUAUAAUACAUGUAGAAUCAAAGGGUCACCGUGUCCAGAUCCUGAUAAUCUAGAAGGAGCAGCGAGUGGAAGUGGUACUGGUGAUCAAGAACAACCUGCUGACAACGGAUCUCAAUAAAACGUUCCGAAAGCUUAAUGAUUUUAUUAUCAAAAUUGAUAUACAAAAUCUGAUGGCUAUUACAUAAGUCAACUAAAUAAUUUAGAAAAAAAUUUUCCCGUUAUUUACUUCAACACCAGAUGGUGAAGAAUUAGAUAAUUUUGUGAAUACUUUUUAUCGUUUUACAAAUUGUUAUUAAUAUAUUUAAUUAUGUUACACGUAAUAUUAUUUUUUUAAAUUUUAAAAAAUAUUUGAAAGCACUGUAGCCAAACAUUCUGUUGACGCUUUGACUAUUAAGUUUUUUUUGUUUUUUUUUUUUUAAUAUUAAUUAAUUACUUUAAUCUGACGUUUGAACUUUGAUAGUUGCUAACAAAUCAUGAAGAAAUCCAUCAAAGCUUCGAUGGAAGAUAAGAUGAAGCUGCAUUUAUAAUCACAGUUUUUUUUUUUAAUGAUAAAUUUGAAACAGUAAUUCCAUUUUGUCAUUCCAUAAAUGUUAUUAUCAUUCCGAAUGUAAAAUAUUUAAAUAAAUUUCAAUUAUUGUUAUUUAUAAAUAUGAUAGCGUAUCAGCAUAAUAGUGUGCGCGUGAAUUAAUUGUAAUAUAAAAUUAU